AUCCCAGAAAUUACUACAAUUAAGCCCGGUUGAGUGAUUGUUAUGGUCAGGCCAGCAUGGGAACUCCUGCUCAUUUUCCUCAGUCCUGUUGUCCUUGGACAAGACCAUGCCACAAAGCCAGAGAAAAACCUUUUGCUCCAGGAUCAUGACAAGGCAGCAGCUGCUCCCCUAGAAACAGGAACUCGGGGAAGGUGGCUCCUCCAUGGUCUGUGAUGCCGUCAGAGGAAACGGGUGGUUGUGAGAACCACAGAGUUUGCAGUCGGAGCUAGAGCUCCAAGGACCCCACGCCUGUGUCUCUGUGACAGAGCUCAAAGGGCCCUGGGCCUUCCUUCCCUGGCUCAGCUGUGCUUGGGAGGGUUCCCCAAUCCAGAAGCCCUCAGGAGCAUGGGGCGGCUGAUCCACCCCUGCUGUACAAACUGCUGACUGCAGACGGAUGCUGAGCUACCCAAACCGACACCUAGCCUCUCCCUGAAGCUCCUUCCAGGCUGAGAGAGUUCUGGGUGUCCUAGGACCAAGGACACUGGCAGGCUUCCAGAAGGGGCCCCAAAGCCCUAACCUGUCCAGCCAGAGCAUGCGUCUCAGCAGAGCCGUCUUCCCAAGCCUGUGAUGACAAACCAAUUUCCCUCGAUGAUGUGCUUCUGAGUGCUCUGCUGAGGAAUAAUGGGAAGUCUGCCCAGCAGAAGAAAAUCCCUGCCAAGCCCAAGCUUGAGUCCCUCUGUCCAAGGCCAGGGACCUGUGACCAUGGAAGCAGAGAGAAGCAAGGCCACAGCUGUGGCCCUGGGCAGUUUCCCAGCAGGUAGCCCAGCAGAGCUGUCGCUGCGACUCGGGGAGCCAUUGACCAUCGUCUCUGAGGAUGGAGACUGGUGGACGGUGCUGUCUGAAGUCUCAGGCAGAGAGUACAACAUCCCCAGCGUCCACGUGGCCAAAGUCUCCCAUGGGUGGCUGUAUGAGGGCCUAAGCAGGGAGAAAGCUGAGGAACUGCUGUUGUUACCUGGGAACCCUGGAGGGGCCUUCCUCAUCCGGGAGAGCCAGACCAGGAGAGGCUCUUACUCCCUGUCAGUCCGCCUCAGCCGCCCUGCAUCCUGGGACCGAAUCAGACACUACAGGAUCCAGCGCCUUGACAAUGGCUGGCUGUACAUCUCACCGCGCCUCACCUUCCCCUCACUCCAGGCCCUGGUGGACCAUUACUCUGAGCUGGCGGAUGACAUCUGCUGCCUCCUCAAGGAGCCCUGUGUCCUGCAGAGGGCUGGCCCGCUCCCUAGCAAGGAUAUACCCCUACCUGUGACUGUACAGAGGACACCACUCAACUGGAAAGAGCUGGACAGCUCCCUCCUGUUUUCUGAAGUUGCCACAGGGGAGGAGUCUCUUCUCAGUGAGGGUCUCCGGGAGUCCCUCAGCUCCUACAUCAGCCUGAAUGAGGAGGCUGUCUCUUUGGAUGAUGCCUAGGCCCAAAAGAGAGGCCGAAAGGGAAACCAAGACUGCACACCUAGAACCCCAAUUCAGCCCAGCCACCUGAACACCCCAGAGGCGAGGCUGUGCACUCAGUGAGGGAGGACUGGGACACAGAGGUGCAUCCAGGGUCCCACCUACACCCUUGCUCUUUCCUCUCUUGGCCCUAAGAAGUCACCUACCUCCUCCCAGUGCCAUGAUCCCACCUGCGACCUCUAGUCCAAAUGCAGAGAAGCUGGGACCAGGGCCAGGGUUCCAAAAAGAGAGUAAGCCUCCUGGGGGUCUGACCUAGUCAGUUCUUGAGUUUGUUUCCAGUACCAUCUGGAUGCCCUGCCUGCUGAGCCCCGUUCUACAUCCUCCCGUUAACCAGGCCCCACCCACAAGGUAGAAACAACCCCUAGCUUCUGUGAGAAAAUCAUUUUCAGGAAAUUUACAAGUCUCGUUGAGACCACCACCGUACCUCAGAAGAUAGGACUGUGGCCUAGAAGGGAAAGGAAAACUGAGAUGAUGUCUUACCAUAGCAGCAGGUCGUAGGUGCUCCAGCCUCUACGUGACCUCCAGAGCAAAGAGAAAGACUUCUGACAGUCUAAGUCCUCAAAAUGUCCCCCAUUGAGGACAACAGCCCCAGCUCUUUUUUUUCUGAGAUGGAGUCUUGCUCUGUUGCCCAGGCUGGAGUGCAAUGGUGUGAUCUCAGCGCAGUGCAACCUCCAUCUCCUGGAUUCAAACAAUUCUCCUGCCUCAGCCUCCAGAGUAGCUGGGAUUACAGGUGCACACCACUAUGCCUGGCUAAUUUUUUUGUAUUUUUAAUAGAGAUGGGGUUUCACCAUGUUGUCCAGGCUGGUUUCGAACUCCUGACCUCAGGUGAUCCACCCACCUUGGCCUCCCAAAGUGCUGGAAUUACAGGUGUAAGCGACCGCACCCAGCCUAGCUUUCAGAUCUCUAUUUCAUUUUAUGGCUUACCAUUCCCUAGCACACUGGCCUUGCCAUCUUGUGGCCAAAUACAAAAUAACACCUCUUAAGUCUAGCACACUGCAGUGAGGCCAGGCACCUCAGUGCUGGGCAGGGGCAUCAGAAGGUGCUAAGCCCUCUCUCCACAAUGCCAAGACUGAGGCCACAGCCUACACCAAAUCCAGCCCUUGAUUUCCCUGCUGCCCCCAUAAAGAGAAAGAGGUCUGCUGGAUCUGCUAAGGGAGCACGGAGAGGAAGAAAGAGGGAUAGGGGUGGGAGGUACCACCUCGAGUGUUCCUACUGGGUUCCCAAGCUACAGGUGGGGUGGGAAAGGCUUUAUUAGGUAUCAUCAACAGGUUCUCAAUUAAAGAUUUGAUUUAUUCAAGUAUCUGAAAA